GGAAAUAGCAUUAUGAGGAUUCUUAGCGUUGCUGCUUUUGCUGCAUCUGGAUAUGCUUCCACCGAUGGAAGAAUUUACAAGCCAUUUAAUCCGUUACUAGGAGAGACAUAUGAAGCUGAUUACCCAGACAAGGGAGUACGUUUCAUCUCAGAAAAGGUUAGUCAUCACCCCAUGAUUCUUGCAUGCCACUGUGCUGGUCGAGGUUGGAAAUUUUGGGGAGAUGCGAAUUUAAAAAGUAAAUUCUGGGGUCGAUCAAUUCAACUUGACCCUGUUGGUGUCCUUACCUUGGAGUUCGACGAUGGAGAAGUUUUUCAGUGGAACAAGGUUACGACUUCCAUCUACAACAUCAUUAUUGGAAAACUCUACUGUGACCACUAUGGUACGAUGUAUAUCCGAGGGAAUCGAGAUUACUCCUGCAAGCUAAAAUUUAAGGAGCAGUCUAUUGUGGAAAGGAAUCCUCACCAGGUACAUGGACUCAUACAUGACAAGAGUGGAAAAAGAGUGGCAACAAUAUCUGGAAAAUGGGAUGAGAGUUUGCAUUACUCCAUGGGCGAUAGUUCGUCAGAAGAUGUAGGACAAGAUUCUGAAUCGAAGUCACAUUUGCUUUGGAAGCGAAGCAAACCAUCAAACUACCAAACAAAGUACAACUUUACGCGUUUUGCAAUCACCCUGAAUGAGCUCUAUCCUGAGCUUAAGCAAAAAUUGCCACCAACAGAUUCAAGGCUGAGACCAGACCAAAGGUUUCUUGAAAAUGGAGAAUAUGACAUGGCUGAUUCAGAAAAGUUGCGGUUAGAACAGAGGCAACGCGAGGCAUCAAAGAUGCAGGAAAGAGGCUGGAAACCAAGGUGGUUUGCAAAACCAAAAGGUAGUGAUACAUAUCAAUAUAAAGGAGGAUAUUGGGGAGCUAGAGAAACUGGUAAAUGGGAAUCAUGUCCAGAUAUUUUUGGUGAAAUAUCUCAAGAGAUUUGACCCCUAUUUCUUUCUUAUGAACAUCUUCUUGAUCCUUAUUCUCAUUGUUUUAAACACUGAACAAACAAAAUGGAAUUGGAACUGUACAUGAAAACUAAAACCACAAAAUGAGAGAGAGAAGAAAAAGCCCAUUUUCGCUUUUUUUUUUUGGUCGUUUUCUUUCUCUCCAAAGUCUUUUUUGUUUCCCAAUUCCUUACUCUGUCCUUUUUUUAAUGACUAUGGUGUCGGGGCCAGCUUGUGUGUGCCUCGCUAAUGGGAAGAAAUCACCUAGUGCUUUUUGUUUCUACUCGGACUUGAAUCUACGACCAUGAUUCUUUUUCAGUUCAUUGACCACUAAGCGCAAAUCUUCCUUAAAAUCCCAAAGGAGUAUUGUUUGAUUCUAGGACUUGUAAAAGAUUACACAUUGACAAUAUGCAAUUCUUUUUAUUAUACAUACUUGACCAUUCUUCUUUAGAUUACUAUAGAAUAAAUCUUGAAUUAAUCUUGUCCAUUUUUGUAAUAGCAACAUUAGUUUAUUUAUCUGUUUAUCUAGUAGUUUCUAGCUCUUUUAUGUACAUUGUAGCUUUGUGAUGCCUAAAAAGAGCAGCAAUUUUCUCAUUA